AUGCGCUUCAUGCGGCAUGCCGCGAAGGCAAAGGCGAUGACGGUUGUCGAGUCGCUUUUGCAUGCCGACCCGAAGCUGGCCCAACGCAAGGACGACGACGGCCGGCUGCCGAUCCACUGGGCAGCAUCGUCAAACCAGCUGGAGAUUGCCCGCAUGUUGGUGCAGAUCAAAGGCUUUGACCCGGAUGUCCAGGACGACAGCGGGUGGACGCCGUUGAUGAUUGCGGCGAGCGUCAAGGAUUCGGAGCCGCUCGUGGAGCUGCUGCUCAGCCGGGGGGCGAGCGUGGAUGAGAAGAACAAUAGUGGACAGACGGUCCUUCACUUUGUCGCCUCCAAGGGCAAGCUCGAGCUGGCCCGCCUGCUGCUCGGCCGCUCGCCGCCGGCAUCGGCUCGCGUACGUGACCGUCGCGGCCAGUACGCGCUGCACCGAGCGGCUGCCGUCGGCUCGGCGCCCAUGGUGAAUCUGCUGCUGCAGCACCGCAGCCCGCUCAACGCAACAGACAGCGCCGGCCAGACGGCACUGCACCACGCCAUCGCUGAGGGCCAUGGCGACACGGCCGUGGCGCUGCUCAAAGCCGGUGCCGAGACUGACAAGAAGGAUGCCGACGGCGCCCUGGCCAUGGACCUGGCGCCCGACAAGGAGGUCCGCAAGUACAUCCUCCGCCUGGCCGAGCAGGAGGGCAUCGACAUCAGCCUAUAG